AUGAGCAACUCACCAUCAUCAUCAGAUCCAACCAACCAAGAGGUUUCUUUGGACUCAAGUACUCCAUCUUCUCCGAUUCCCCAAAAACAACCCAAUACCUUUCAAUUCAUGCUCAUGGGUGCUAUGGCAGGUCUGUUAUCGGAUGGAGUGGUUCAUCCCAUUGAUACCAUUCGAACCAAUACCAUUUUGAGAUCGGCAGCAUCAUCUCAUACCUCACAAAUUCCCAAAUUUCAAUACUCUCUUCGUUCACUCUAUAGAGGAUUUUCUGUUGUUUCACUCUUUACCAUUCCUGCUCAUGCCUCUUAUUUUGUUUCCUAUGAAAAGUCUAAAGAAUAUUUUUCUCCAAUUUUAAAAAGUGAUAAUUUAACGUACUUGUUGAGUGGAUUAAUUGCUGAUAUAUUUGGUGGAUUAUUUUGGUGUCCAAUGGAUGUUAUGAAACAAAGAUUUCAAUAUCAUCAGAGAUUAACAUUUAAAGAUAUGUUUUCAAGUCCAAAUUCAUUGAAAAUCAUUUACAAAGGAUUUGGUACUUCGAUUGCAGUGUAUGGACCUUAUGUAUCACUGUAUUUCAUGUUGUAUGAGAAUUUGAAAAAGACUCACUUUUUACAACAUUUACACAAGUCUGGUAUCAAUGAUUUUACAAAAGACUCUACGAAUCACUCAAAUCACUCGAAUCACUCGAAUCAUCAACAGCAGCAGUCGACUCCCAUGACAACAACAUUAUCACUUCCUCACUAUAUCAUUUAUGCAAGUAUGGCUUCUACAGUGAGUGCCAUUGUGACCACACCACUCGAUGUCAUCAAAACCAAAGUACAAACUCUUGAUAUCUAUAAAUCUCCAUUUGAUGUAUUGAGAAAUGAAUCACCCCUACACAUUAGAAAUUGGCCAAUGUAUAUGAGUGGAUGGAAACCAAGAGCAUUAUGGAUGGCAAGUGGAACAGCACUGACUAUGGUAUUUUAUGAAGAAUUGAAAAAGGUCAUUCAUGUGGUUGAAGAGUAA